AUGCUCGAUGCACAAAUACCAAGGCGGCGCCCAUUGCCGGCCGAUGCCCAACUGCCCUUCUCCCAUUCACGCACCCGCACAACAUCAUCCAACGUCUUCCCAAUGCAGGCCCAACAACACCCGCCAGCCAUGCACCUGGGCCAGCCACAACAGCCAUAUGGCCACAACCGCCGCUCUCCAUCCGUAAACACCUUCAGCACCGUCUCCAGUGGUGGAGGCGGUACUGAACGAGGCCCGCCCCCAGCCGCCUACCGAAACUCUCCUCCCAGCGCCGAUAUACGGCGCUCCACUUCCUCCCGGUCGAACGGAUCUGUUCAGCCCGUCGGCUACGUUGCCCUCCUGCGAAAACAGAAAGCCACAGUCUGGUGCGACCGCGCACAGUCCGAGGAUCCGUACAUGCUGGCGAAACAGCGGCAGGCCAAGGCCCGGGCUCUCCAGACAGUCGGCUCUGCAACGGUGGCCCCAGGCUCGUCCGGCGGUGGCCGCACGUCCACCGGGUUCAGCAGUGCGGGCGGCAAGGUCGUAGGCAAGAUCCGUCAUCACGGCAAGCCUGGAGUGGUCGGCUAUGCGCCAGACAGCAAUUACGUGGGCGUCGGCGGCGUACCACUUCGACUUAGUGCGACAGAAGUGGAGGGCGAAGAGAGCGAUGACGACGAACUUGCAUCGCAACGGCUACACCACCGUAGGACGGGGAGCAGCGGCCGGUCCAGCACCGCAGGCAGCAUCCAAGGGAGAAGAGGUUUAAAUUAUCGCGGCUCGACUGGCAGUGGCCUACAAAUGACGGGCGGAGGGUCACAGAAUAGCAGGAGAUGGACUGGCAGCGGAGGCGACAACACGCCGGAGCGAAGCAGUAGUCUCGUCGAUGGAGCGCUAGGAGAAAAACGAGCGAGCGAUGCUGCAAGCGGCAGGAGUGGCAGUAGCGGAGAGCGUGCCGACGACGUACCGGACUUGGGGACAGAUGCGGCGCGGCUGGCGAGCAACAGUCUGAUACACUCGGCGCUGACAAGGGAAAAGAGCGUGAAGAAUCCCGACGAGCUGCGUAGAAGAGGCAGUGUCGACGAAAGGACGAUGACGCUUACCUCUGGAAGGCUUUUCAUCGCCAACCCUGACUGA